CUAACACGGAUUUGAGUUCUAUUCUUUUUUUCUUUUUUUCCCGUCUAUAUAGUCGAUGCGUUUAAUACACACGGCCUAUGUUCUCGUAUCUUAACCUCACUUGAAUUUGCGAUGUGGCACUUGGUGUUUUAACAUAUUUCGCACAUUUGCUCGCGAGGGAUCGAUUUGAUUUAAAUAAAUAAUGGUCACAGCGUAGUGUCACAGUAACAAACGUGCUUGGGUCAAAAAGGAGCGAAAUCUUUCGAUGGAUAUGAUUGUAUAUACUUAGCGAAUAAAAAAAAAAGAAGAAAAGAAAAUGAGAGUUUCGUUAUUACUGAUUUUUCGAAUUUUGUACUUUUUCAAUGUAUACGAUGCCGCGAAUGCUUGGGACAAUGAUGAAUUGGAGGUGUUCGACGUCGUCGAGGAAGUCAACCAAAAUUUCUACGAAGUCCUUGGUGUUCCACAGAGCGCGAACGCUUCGGAGAUUAAGAAAGCUUUCAGACGUUUGUCACUGCAAUUACAUCCGGAUAAAAAUCCUGCAGAAGACGCAGAGCAACAGUUCAGAAAAUUGGUUGCUGUCUACGAUGUCUUGAAGGAUCCUGGAAAACGUCAGCGGUAUGACAACGUGUUGAUCAACGGAUUACCAAACUGGCGAUCAGCCGUGUAUUAUUACCGCCACGUGCGGAAAAUGGGACUUCUAGAAUUAGGGAUAAUUUUGUUUCUACUGAUUACUGUCGGACAAUAUGUAGUCUCGUGGGCUGCAUAUUUCGAGAAGAGAUACACAUAUGAGCAAGUUUUAGGCAGUAAACUUCAAAAGAUGCAAAAGAAGAAUAAGAAGGGAAAGAUGGACGUGCCAGACUUAGCGGAUAUUUUGGAGAAAAUUCCGACGCCAACUAUUUGGAACACUCUCCCAUUUCAAUUUCCAAGAUGGAUAAUUGCCUUUACGUUGUCCAUACCUGAAAUUGUUCGUGUCAUGAAUUGUAUACUAGAAGAGAGGAGACGUAGAAAGAAACAGAAGGAGGAAGAGGCAUUGAUACAGGAAAAUGAACAACCAGAACCCGAAUUCACGUCUCGUACAAGGAGACGCAGGACUGGUUUCACGCCACAAGAAAGGAGUGGCAAUGGCGUGAAAGAAAUGUCGAAGAAGGACCAGAUAAAUCAUAUUUACCAAAAACCUGCUGUUUCUGGGGGAUUGUGGACGGACGAUGAUAUAUUAGAAUUAAUAAAACUCGUAAAGAAAUAUCCUAGUGGUACAUCAGAGAGAUGGGAUAAGAUUGCGGACGCAAUGAAUCGUACAGUCGCCGAAGUUACACACAUGGCGAAAAAGAUAAAAGACGAAGGAUUAAAACCCGGCUCGCCUGCAGAGGAGAAUGUGGUGGAAGAACGUUCAAAAAAAACGAAGACACGUGCCGAGAACGUAGAGAAUAUUAGUGAGUGGAGUCAAGAGCAACAAAGAGCUCUAGAAGCGGCUCUUAUAAAAUAUCCCAAAGGUACAUCUGCAGAUAGAUGGGAAAAAAUCGCAAAUUGCGUUGAAGGGAAGAGCAAGGAUGAAUGCCAAGUAAGGUAUAGACAGUUGGUGGAAUUAGUCAAAAAGAAACAGCAUACUCAAUAGUCUGCCAUGUACAAGAUGUUCCUUCAACAAGAGUGUAGUUCAAUAUAAAUCGAAUCAAUCCAAACGAGAAAACGCAAAGAAAAAACAUAAUUUUCAAUCUUAAGAUGAAAUAUAUUUCACGGCUGUUAUACAAGGUGUUUAUAAGGUGAAUUAAAAAUUACUUAAAAGUACUCUUAUACAAAGGAGGUAUGUUGAGAGUAAUUAAGAGAAAAAGAAAACUUUAUACGUAAGAAAGAACAAUUAUUUCUACAUCAUUUUAUUAUUAAAUGUUUGUGGAGAAUGUAUUUAUUUAAUAAAUUUAAUAAUUAAUUCAGAGGAAAAGACUGACAAAAGAUAUGAUAAUUAAAUACUUUCCUGUUCUCUGAGACUGAUACACUGUAUCGUUUUAGCUUCGAAAACAAAUUGUAAAAAAUAAUCAUGCCGAAUAUAUAUAACACAUUUCUUGUAUUAUUAAUAUAAUUCACGUAUAUAGAUGAACUAUAUUAAGUUAAUCGAUAUUAGACUCGGAAAACUAAGUAACUUGUAUUGUACUUGUUAUUAUCAGUACAAACAAAUUCCGUCUUAAAUAUUUUUCGAGAUCUAAUGCAAAAAUUAUACUUUAAAAUAAAAAAACAGUGGGUUCUGUCUCUUGCAUUCUCAGUGUAAAUAUUUAAAAGGCUAUAAAUUUGCAAUGAAUGAAGCAACUACCCACGAAUUAUUGUGUAUAAUUUGUCUUACUUAAGAAAUCAUAAAUAUACAUAUAAACACGAAGAACUAAUAUUAUGAUUUCAACAUGUAUUUUAUAAUUAUCAAAAUGAAAAGCAACGUUUUAUGUAAUUAAUGUUUAAUUUUGUAUUAUACGCGAUGAAAUGAAGAAAACAACUAGUAUAUCCGAACUAUUUAUUGGUGUUAGUUCUUAAAUAAUGACUGUACAAAAUACUAUUUACAAAUUGUAUAAUAAACGUUUUAAUUACGUCUUCUU